AUGUGUCGCCAAGUUUCGAAUGCUGAGAUCAUUGAGGCUGGCGCGGUGCUUGCGUCUGUGGCACUCUUCGACGUUUGCUAUGGCUGUUUCAUCAUGCCGAGAAACGGCCCUGGUGGCGUGCCUAGAGUGAUGACUGGGCUAGGUGUUUGCACUUUCUUUUUGCUAGCAGGGGCUGUGCUUGCAAUCACCUUUGGUUUUGCUCGGAAGGGAUUGCUGCCAGAGGCUACGGUUUUCCCCUGCUUCGUUGCCUGGAAGGAAUCAUCAAUCCUAGCCGUCAACAGUUUGGAGGUUAUUUCUGCUGCCAUUGCCGUGUGGCUUUUUCUUCAGCGGCAUGUUGAAUUUGCAUGGGCAGGACCCAUCCUGACGCACCUAUGUAUUGCGCUGCUCGCAAUCCGCUUCACUGCAAAGUUGAAAUCGCCGACACCUUCUGUCCGUCGGGGACUCGGCGUCAUAGCAGCAGUAGCGGUCUUGGCAUCCAUGGUAGCCACCAUGCUACUUUUCGGUCAAUAUUUAGGCUGGGUCGACCAUAAUGACGCUUUUCAGUGUGUGAUCUGCGUUGCAGUCUUAUUGACAAGACCGGUGUCUGUGGCUUUUGUCAAACUAGGGAAACACUGGUAUGGGAAGGGUGAAUCGACCUUAGAAUUGCAGCGAGCUGAGAGUUUCUAG